GUCAAAGUCAGCUUGUUUCUGUUUGUUUCGUAGUGUAGCUUGAGGUUAUGUCAUAUUUAAUAAACAAUAAAUUUUAUUGUAGCAUAUAAAGUAACAACAAUAAUAAUAUUACUUUUGUGGGUCGUUUUUGAUACUUUUUCAUUGAAGUAUCAGGGAUAACAAUGUUAUCCUCGUUGAUAAAAGAACACCAAGCUAAACAAGCAGCCAGAAAAGAAGCUCAAGAAGCAAAACGUAAAGAAGCAGUUGAAGCUGCUAACAAUCUCACUGUGGCUUUAGUCGAUCACUUAAACGUCGGAGUGGCUCAAGCUUACCUGAAUCAGAAACGGCUGGAUGCAGAGGCAAAGCUGUUGCAUCAAAGUGCGACUAACUUUGCCAAACAGACGCAACAGUGGCUCGCUCUGGUGGAGGGAUUCAGCAGCGCUCUCAAAGAGAUAGGAGACGUAGAGAACUGGGCCAAGAGUAUAGAGGAGGACAUGCAAACCAUCAACUGUGCAUUGGAGUACGCUUAUAAAGUUUCCCAAGAAGGAUCCUGAAGUUUCCAGUUUUUGUUGGCUACUGUAAUUUGUACAUACAAUUGAUUAGUGUUCUAUCGUAUGUCUUGUAUUAUUUUACAAAAUAUUUAUGUAUGUACAGUCAUUUGUGUUAAUAAACAAACAACAAAUUGUACAACCUUUGGUUGUUCUAAAUUCAGUGAGGUGUGACCCCGAGACCCAAGGUCAGAGUCGUGUUAAUUAGAUCUUCUCUGAUGAAUGAAUGCUGCUUGUGUUGGUGUUGUUCUGGGUUGAUUUAAAAAAUAAGUUCCAAGUGGGACAUCUACAAGCAGGCGUCAGGGUUUGAGUGAGC